AUGAGAUUCUGGCCAUGUUGGAUGAGUAAUGGGUCUCUCAUGGGAGGACUUUCAAAAAAGUAUGGAUGUUGUAAAGCUUCUGAUGCACUUAUUCUCUUUUCCAUCAAUCUGGAUCAUAUGUCAAUAAUCUUGAUAAUAAAUCAUAUGCAUUAUCUAUUUAAAUUUAUGACGUCACCUGUAAAGAUAGUUUCGAGGACAUCCUCAACAUCUACUUUUCGUUAUGGAGGACGCUUAUGGGGUUCCCCAAUUCAAGAAGGUUUCAACAUAUGGGUUUCUCCUAUAUCUCCUUUGAAAAAGAUGUUGGAAUUCUCACAUUUCUCGUUCCAGAAUAUCGAUGGCUUGAUCGAACAUAUCAAGAAAGUACCCAGUGGUAAUCAAGUAGCUGUCAUGGGUAUUGGUUUGCUCCCUUCUCAACCCAGUGCAGCUCUUUGUAGAGCAUUAUCUUCAUUGGGUGCCGCAAAGAUAUCUAUGGUUGGAACAACCAAUCCAAACUAUUGUUUGGUUGGAUACAAAGGUUUAUCUCCAGGGAUGGCCAGCGAAACAUACGGAAACUCUGCCAUCAAUGAAGUUUGGGCAGAGGGUGAAAUGAGGUCUAUUGGUAAAACUUCAAGUAAGAUUAUCAUGACUUCAUUUAAUUCAACAACUGGGACACCGAAUAUAUUUUUUAGAUACGCUUUAGCAAACAGGGGCCUUCCAAGUCUUGCCAAUGGAAUUAAUGUUCUCGUAUUCAUUCAGAAGCGAAAUCUAUCAAUUAGAUAUCCACCCCAGGUGUACAACUUUCCAACCAAUCUCUACUCCAAUUCCUCAGAAUCUCUAUCAAGAUUCAUCGAUUCACUUGCCGACCAUACUUUAGUCAUGGUGUCCGCUCAAGGACUCAAUUUGGCCAAGACAAACUUGCAACAAAACGCCAUCUCAAGCCUCAGAAAGAUUGGAAGCAAAUUCAUUUCUCAAUACUCUUCCAUUUCCUCAAACGAUUGUUGGUUUAUGAUCAAAAGAAUAGGCUCUGAUUCUAUUUUCACUGAAAUGACCUACAAUCAUAAUUCACCAGCAACAUCAUCUUUUAUUCAAAUCGAACAGAUUGACCACGGUGAUACCUAUCAAGUUGCAGACGACAUCAAUAUCUCUAUUAUGUCAUCAAACCAAAGUAACUUGCCUGUUGGAAUGGAGUCAUUAUUUUACAUUUAUGUUGGUGGUAUAUCAAUAACUCUGGAAGGUCCAUUGGUCAAUGGUUUUGUGAUGUGUGCUAUCAGUGAAAUCGAUGGACACAUUUACUUUAUCAAAAACUAUAAUAUUACUACCACUGAUGGAUCACAAGACAUGGUUAAUGAUAUUGUUGAUAAAAUAUCAGUUGGAUCUUUGGUAGUUGUGUGUUCAGUACUCAACUCUGCUGGACCAAACAUCACAAUGUCGUCAGAUCUAUUGACCUCUCUCGAAAGCAUUGGAUCAGAAUUUGCAUAUGAUAUCACAUCAUCAAGCUCAUAUGCUAUAAUAGGAAGAAAAGGGGCUGCCGUUGGAACCGUCUCCGAGCUGAUAUCCAACACUGGACCAGUCACUCUUUUUUCCAACUUUCAAAAAAGCUUAAAGCCAAUCAAGCCGAUUCAGUACUCCAGUUGGUGA